AUGAAUCUCUACAUUCGGUUCAGUCAGUCGAUCGUCAGCCGCGCGCGAGUGAACACAUCCUGAACUGGAGAUCGCUCCUCUGGGACUUCCUAUAACAGAUCAUUCUCGAUCCUCAUAUAGAAUCUAUAAAAAGAAACGUUGAGAAUUAUAUAUAAUUAUUAUGGUAAAAAGUGGCUUUUGAAAUUGCGGAACCUCCAAGCAGAGCGUUAUCAGUGCUCGGGACAACGUAUGCUUCCUAGUUUCAGUUCCAGUGAUAGUGAAUUGGGAGCGUGAAUUUUACAAAUAAUUGGUUGUAAUAACAAAGUUGUCGAAGAAAAAGUGUGCCAUCCGUCUGUCUAUCUAUCUGGGAGGCAAGUGCAAGAAGCGUAAACUCUGCAUAUCAAAGGGAGCGUGCGCCGAAUGCGAUAAGAAGUGAAAACGGGAAACGGAGAUAAUUUUGGAACAUCUCAGCAAGGAAGAAACAUGCAGCAGCGAAUCGUUCUCGGUGCAUUCUGCUUACUCACUUUCUUUGGGCUCAUCUACUUAAGCCGAGCAUGCGAACUUGACCAAACGCAACACGGUUGCCGGAUAGACAACGGUCAGUGCUCCUGCGCCUACGGAUGCAAAUCGGAGUUCCGGUACGCUACCCGCAAGGAAUGUCAAGAUGCUUUGAAGGGUCGAUCGAACGAUAUUUGUAGCAGGCAACCCUGCCAAAAUGGAGGAUCUUGUACCCAGGUCAGCACCAUGCCACAGUACAAAUGCCGCUGUGAGGGAACCGGAUACUGGGGCAAUCGUUGCCAGCGAUUGUGUCCCAAGCCUGAGCAAGUUACCGCCGGUGCUAAGUUCCCGCAUGAAUGUGUAGUGAUCUAAGACCAAGGUUCACCGAGCAUUCACCCCAUUGGCCGCCACAAUCUCGACAACAGAAAAAAGAAGAAAUCUCACCUGUAACAGUGUACAAAACCAAACAGUAAAUUUGUGUAAUUUUCUGUUUUCGAGUGCUUCUACUUUCCAAACAAAUCUGAUUCAAGCUAACCAACGCUAACAGCUGGGUCCAUGAUGAGCCAUGAACCGAACCGGAGGUUCGAAACCGCUUCUCGGUAGUUCGUAGAAACAAAACGUAUGAGGACUGCUGAUAAGCGAGCCUUUUAUCAAUCCCUUCUCUAACAUACGUACAUAAGUCAGACGCGUACAACUCAUAAUACAUAUUAUAUUGCAACAGUUUAAACAUUGUUUUUUUUUCUCCUCUACAACUAAUCAGCUGUAAGGCUUAAGAUAGUGAACGUACUUUAAGUGUAUUGAAAUGUAGACAGGGAAGCAGAGAAAAAUGUAAAUAAAAGCAUGUCAUAAUUAUU